UUUGAUGUAUUAUGCAUUGUAAGUAGUAGAUUGUGCGCCAGAUCGCGGUUACUGGGACGCGCCCUCACUUCCUAGUCUCUUGUGGGUUAAUGUAAAUAAUAAUACCAUUAGGGGGCUUGUGUCUGUGUUGCCAAUAGAGAUCGGUUCAAAGGGCUCAAAUGGCGCAUAUCUUGCAUGUUUUAAAGCUGUCAGAUUGAGCUGUAAAUGUGACAAGGAAUGAAUAAACCCAAAAUGGCAAUGGAAAAAUGUGCUUCACGGGUGCUGAUGUUGCUGAGUCAGCUGGACAGACUGAACGAAGAGCCCAAAGUGUCUGAUACGGAUGCCAUCCGUCAGAUCACAGGCAAAAUCCUUCACAUCCUCCAGACCCAAGAGAAGACCCGUAAGGAGAUGGUCUCUAAAGGCUCAAGUGGGAUGGAAGUUAUUCUCUCAUCUCUAGAGAACACACGGGACUUGCAGACCACCCUUAACAUUCUCAAUAUUUUGAAUGAACUGCUGACUGUGGGUGGAGGCCGCAGGAUUGGGGCAUUUGUGUCUAAGGGAGGAACAGCUAUUCUGUUACAGUUGUUGGUAAGCUCCAGCAAAGACCUUCCUAUGAAUGAAGAACUAAUGCUCCACAUUCACUCUCUACUGGUUAAGGUCGGACCGAAAGACAGGAAGUUUUGUGUUAAAGCACGUCUGAACGGGGCUCUAAAUGUGACUAUUAAUUUAGUGAAACGCAAUCUGCAGAACUGCAAAAUGUUGUUGCCGUGCCUACAACUGCUGCGGGUCUAUGCAGGCAACAUGGUAAAUGCUGUGUCGCUGGGUAAAAGUGGCGCUUUGGAUCUCAUGUUCGAAAUUAUUGGACCUUACAGCAAGAAGAGCACCACUCUGCUCAAGGUGGCCUUGGAUACGCUGGCGUCGUUACUGAAGUCCAAAAUGAAUGCCCGGCGGACAGUGGACAGAGGUUAUCUGCACACUCUACUCGCCAUCUACCAAGACUGGCAUCGCAACGACAUUCGUCACUGCCACUUGAUCAUUCGCAAAAGCAUUUUAGGGUGCAUCAAAAACCUCACAGCCAUUAAGCUUGGGAGAAAGGCCUUCGUAGAUGCGAACGGGAUGCGGAUCCUUUAUAACACAUCCACUGAAUGCCUACCUGUCCGGACACUGGAUCCAUUGGUCAAUGUAUCCAGUCUUAUUAUGAGGAAAUGCUUUCCAAAGAAUCGCCUACCACUGCCUACAAUUAAGAGUGCAUAUCAACACCCGCUACCACACAUUCCAGCUGGAGGACCAGUGGCACAGCUGUACAGUCAACCUCCAGAAGUGGAUGAUGUCGUUGAUGAGAGCGAUGAGAAUGAAACCACUGAGAUUGACACAGAAAAUGAGGAGGAUGAAACCGGGAACAAAAGCCAGAAUGAUGAUAUUGAGACCGAUAUCAACAAGUUGCGACCCAAACAAAUGCAGACACGCCCAUUUGAUGAGUUGAGAGUCUACGAGCAUUUCUGUGUGGAAUUCACAGAGGAUUUUAAGUCUCAGGAUAAUGAUUUCAAAAGCUGCAAGGCUGUCAUUUUUCCAUCGAGUGUUGACUCACAUUGCCCUAUCGUCAUUCCCACCACACUCACCCCUGUCGGGUCUCCAAAAAGAGGGCAGCGACUGGAAAACGUUCAGCCACACAAAUCGACAGAAUCACCAAUGGAGCUAGGCAGCAUCUCUAUAUCAAAAACCCCAGAGGGCAAAUCGGGCCCUGAUUUGGCCUCUAGUUUGAGCCGGCUGGUCCUGGAUGGAGGUUCUGACGAUGGGCAUCAGGAGGAAAGCGGGGAGCAGGCAGUACUUGAGGUUCCGGAUACAGCCGCAGUUCUGCCACUGCAUGACCCUGACCUUUACUUAGAGAUGAUGAUGUGCACCCACUCAGUGCCUGCCUACACAGAGGUGGCAUACCCAGAUUACUUUGGCCAUGUGGCACUUCAUCUUCGCGAGCCCAUCCUAGAGAGAGUUUAUGGUGUGCAAAGAACGAAGAUCUUCCAGGACAUCGAGAGACUCAUUCAUCCCAUUGACAUUCUUGACGAAGUCGUAUAUGACCUAGAUAAUCAGAGUUCUCCAAUUGUUGAAAAUGGGGAAUCUCUCAAAUUUAACUCUAAAUUUGAGUCCGGAAACCUACGGAAAGCAAUACAAGUCAGAAAGUUCGAGUACGACUUGAUCCUGAACUCAGAUAUCAAUAGUAAUCACUAUCAUCAGUGGUUCUAUUUUGAAGUGGGCAACAUGCGUCCAGGUGUUCGCUAUCGAUUCAACAUAAUCAACUGUGAGAAGUCCAACAGCCAGUUCAAUUAUGGUAUGCAGGUGCUCAUGUACUCUGUGCAGGAAGCCAUCCGUGGAAGCCCCCAUUGGGUCAGAACAGGAUCGGACAUCUGCUACUACAAGAACCAUUUCUCACGAAGCUCCAUUGCUGCUGGAGGUCAAAAGGGAAAAUCUUACUUCACCAUGACCUUUACUGUGACCUUUCAGCAUAAAGAUGAUGUGUGCUACUUCGCCUACCAUUACCCGUAUACCUUUUCAACACUAAAGAUGCACCUGCGAAAGUUGAGUGAUCUACGUACAGCUCAGAUCUACUAUAGAGAGGAUGAGCUUUGUCAAACACUGGGAGGAAACAGCUGUCCCCUGCUCACCAUCACUGCCAUGCCAGAGUCAUCCAGCAAUGACCACAUCAGCCAGUUCAGGAGUCGUCCAGUGGUGUUUUUGUCUGCCCGGGUACAUCCUGGUGAGACUAACGCCAGCUGGGUGAUGAAGGGUACUCUGGAAUUCCUUAUGAGCUGCAGAUCUGAAGCACAGAGUCUGAGAGAGAGCUACAUUUUUAAAAUCAUCCCCAUGCUCAACCCUGAUGGAGUCAUCAAUGGCAGUCACCGUUGCUCUCUGAGUGGGGAAGAUUUAAACAGGCAGUGGCAGAGCCCCAAUGCAGACCUGCACCCCACCAUCUACCAUGCCAAGAGUCUCCUGCAGUACCUCAGAGCUACAAGAAGAACUCCGCUGGUGUUUUGUGAUUAUCACGGUCAUUCACGGAAGAAGAACGUUUUCAUGUAUGGCUGCAGUAUUAAGGAGACAGUGUGGCAGACCAAUGUCAACAACAGCUCCUGUGAUCUACAGGAGGACCUCGGAUACAGGACUCUGCCCAAGUUGCUGUCUCAGAUAGCUCCAGUGUUCAGCCUGUCUAGCUGCAGUUUUGUAGUGGAGCGCUCUAAAGAGGCCACGGCACGAGUGGUGGUCUGGAGAGAGAUCGGAGUUCAGCGCAGUUACACUAUGGAGAGCACCCUGUGUGGUUGUGACCAGGGAAAAUACAAGGGUCUUCAGAUUGGGACACAAGAACUGGAGGAGAUGGGUGCUCAGUUUUGUUUGGGUCUGCUCAGACUGAGACACUUCACAUCGCCUAUAGAGCAUCACAAACACAAUUCCCAUUUGCUGGAUGUGGAGAAUGACCUGAUUGAAAGACGCAACAUUCCAAACAUCACCAGUCCCACCACAUAUGUGUUGGAAGAGGAUGAGCCAGCAUUCCUGGAAGAAGUUGACUACAGUGCGGAAAGCAAUGAUGAAAACGACCCAGAUCUUGAACCUGAUCUCCAAGAUAACCGUGCCCUCCCGGACCCCAGUUCUGACUCUGAGUUUAGCCACCAAGACUGUCUUACCUGAAAUCAUACCAGGCUUACUUUAGCCUAAUGCUCUGGUCGAACUUAAAUAAACCAAACCUCACCGUUUGUUGGCCUGUAUUAUAUAUCACUCGUGUUUGCCUAAUCACCCACUAUAGACUUCUGAAUUGUUCACAAAAUGUACCUUAAUUAUAAUUACCCAGCCCCAAAAACAGCUUCAUGCACCUAGAAACAUCAUUUAGAAGGUCCUUUUUUAGAACUAGUUACAUAUACUGUAGAUGCUCUACAGGUUGUAGCAUGGUAACAUUAAAUAGAUAUCAAUCUGAAACACAUAAUUAUAAUAACAUUCGUUAUUGUCGUUCCAAACUUGUUAGACUUUUUUCUUGUGCAGAGACAAAAGAUGAUAUUUUGAAGAACGUUGGUAACCAAACAAUAUUGAACUCCAUUGACUCUCACUGAGACAUUUCUUAAAAUAUCUUCUUUUGUGUUUCACUGAAGAAAGCCACAUACAGUCUUAUACAGGUUUUAAAUGACAUAAGGGUGAAUAUACCAUGACAGAAUUUUAAAAACACUAAACGUAAAACAGGCACAUUUUGAUGGUCCUUAUAAUCUGGAUUAAAAUAAUAAUCUUUAAUUUAUACAUGUUUUUGAUAUGUGCUAAAUGGUCUCACAUUUAAAACUCACAGUGUGGUGCUUCAGUAGGAAAGUGUCUAAACCAUUCAUAAAUAUCAAUGGUUGCUCAGUACAGGAUUCACAUAUUAUUACCGACAGAAGCAAAUGAGUUUAAAAUCAACACUGCACGCCCAUAGAAACACCUGACCAUACAACAAUGCAAUCUAAUGAAUGUAAUGUUACUCUUAUUCUCACGGGAAAGCUCACCUGCGUGCUUCAUGCCAUGUCCUGACAGGGUCACAGUGAGGUCGCAGUCUUACAUUACUAUUGUAUGUAUUUAUUCACAGCACUUUUUGUGGCUGUAUGUGCUUUUGUUAUUGGACAGCUCCUGUAAUUUUUUUUCUUUGUUGGAUUUCUAUAAUUAGUGCAUGAUCUUUAAAAGUUUUAAAUUUAUUUUAUUUAUUUUAUUUGCAUAUUGGGAGAAAAGCAAAGUGAUUCUUUACUGUGCAAUGUGUGAAAGUGUUUGUAUUUGUGUGUGUAUGAUGACAGCAGUUGCCCAAUGUGCUAAAUAUGUGAAUGUGGUAGUGAAAACCACACAAGUAAAUUUGGUUGUAAUGUUUGUCAAACUUUAAUUUGGACAUAUGGUUAAUAAAGAGAAGUUA